AACACUACCUGCUUCAUUUAAACCCUACAAGUUAAAGAAAUCGAAUUGUCUAGUGAGCAUUCAGAAUGCAUAGUUUGUCAAGCCUUUUGGUCGCAUCAUGUGUAAUCACGUGUGCCGUGGCCAUCGCCAACACCGAUAUUGAUCCCAGUUCCAUCGAUUGGAACACGGUACGAACCCUGCAGGAAACGGACAAAUUUCGGGCAAAGUUUGGCCUUCCUCCACUGAGCGACGAUGACAUCCGUCAGUCUAGGAUAUCUGGGGGAAACAUCGCAUCGCCAACGGAUAUCCCAUGGGCUGCUGGAGUUCUGAUUCAUGGUGGCACCUCUGGACAUGGUUUCUGCAGCGGCGUACUGAUUUCCAAGCGUUACGUCCUGACGGCUGCCGUUUGCAUCUCUGGUGAGAGCACCAUGACAGUAGUGUUGAACUCCACGGACAUGAUGAACGUCGGAACGUUGAUCAGCGUAUCGCACAUCAAUCCUCAUCCGAACUACAGUUGGCUUCUGGGACGGGACGACAUUGCACUGCUCACGUUGAGUCGGGACGCGCCGAUAGAUGAUGUAACAAUUCGUCCAGUUCAAAUGCCACGCCGUUCGGACGUUGGCAAGAGUUUCGUCGAUUGGUCCGCUACGACUGCUGGCUGGGGAAACACUGGAAACCGAGAUAACGAGCCCAUUCCGACGCAACACUUGCAGUUUGCCACGGAUAGCGUAUCGUCCAAUUUGAUAUGCCAGCUGUCGUAUGCCUGGAUCAGAAGCACCCACAUCUGUGUGGCGACCAACAACGGAGGACCUUGUAACGGAGACGAAGGCGGUCCGGUGACAGUACGCGAGGCUGGUCGUAUCUAUCUAAUCGGAAUCCAUUCGUUCCAUUUCAACGGAAUUCGGGGAUGUGACAGAGGACGACCAGCGGUGCAUACCAGGAUUACCGAAUAUCUAGACUGGAUAGAGGCGAAUUCUGAUGUGGUUGUUCCUGCCUGAUUGUCUUGGCAAGGAUAAGUUAAUAUAAAAUAAGACAGUUACUCCAGAAAGACAAAUACACUAGUCAAACAGUUGAUUUAUGAAACACUGAAAA